UUUUUAUUCUUGUGAAGAUAAACAGAUCCGAAAUUCCAUGUGAAUUACGUCGGAAUUAACGUUCACGUUAUAUGAGAGAUGGACCGGUUCAUUAUAUUAUAAUGAUUAUUCUUUUGAAGCAAAGAAGUGGAAGUAAAAUCAAAAAUCGGCGCCAGUCUGCCAUCACUAUCACGGCAAAACCGUGUACAGGUCAAAGAACGACCUUGCUUUUCCCCUGUCUCUGGUUAUACUGAGUCGCCAGAGAGAUACACGACGGCCGCGGACAAUUUUUAAUGUCCUUGUCAUCUGUUUCUUUCACGCACCAACGAGCCCGCAUUAUCCAUCUCAUCCUUUCUCAUCCCUCAGGAUCGAUCGGAAUGUUGACGACGAGCGAGACGCAGCUGUCGACGCUGGUGGCAACAAUGACCGAUCCGAACUACAAAAAUUGGCACAUCCCAAGGCCUUCUUUGGUUAUCGGUCGCGUUGGUGAUAAAGAAAGUGGCGACGAGUACUCUGUCCAUAAUUGGGUCCAGCAUCAUCAUUACAACAAUCUUAAUUCCAAUUCUGAUAGCAACGCACCUUCGGGUAAAAAUUCAUCAUCUUCACAGAAAUCAACAGUCAGUGCACAUAGCAUAGCAUCAUCAGGAACUCUACUACUCACAGCAGCCAAUUUAGCAGCCAUACAACCGCCAACACUGGUGCCGCAAAAGCAAAAAUCAGCAGACGCAGCAUCAGUAGCAAGUAGCACACAUUUUACAGUCGUCAAUGGAUUAGGCAGAUCGGUAGUUAUGUACAAAAAAUCCUGGUGUGCAAGACAUCAACUGACGGUUCUUGUUUGUACGAUGAGUUUUCUUUUUAUGGUUGGUCUAUUAGCUGGAGUACUUUACAUGGAGAUGCGAGUUCGCGAUAAAUACGACUAAAUAAAUAACUUAUUAAAAUACCACUGGGAGAGAGAGACAGACGUUGUUUAAUUAAAAUUAAAAUUACGGCGACAGGGUACUCGUGGAUAUGCCAAUAAUUAUGGGAUAAUUAUUCAUUUUCUUUAGUGCAGAAACUUUCUGGAUAAAUAAUGAAGAA